AUGUACGUACAUAAGAGACUUGUGCCUUGGUCUUGUGUAUCUGAGUAUGAGAAAGUUGCCAACAGCCUUAAAUCAACUGAUUUAUUAGUUUUAAAAGAGGCAGUUAUGAUUAUGAGAAUUUGGUUAUGUCGUGUUAAUGUUUCAAAAAUCCCACGGUCUAUUUUAUGUACAUACGAACUAAUGGUUGCCAGGCUCGAGCAGUCCACACCGGCAUUGGCUUUAGCAAUCAUGCGUUUUAUUAGUCUUGCGUCCAGUGAGGACCAGGACCGCCUGCGGAGCCCGCAGGCAAUCCCAGUCUCCUCACUAGCCAGGAAAGCUGGUCUGCCAGAUUGGAUGUCCGACCUUCGUAACGACAUAGCUCAUGGACAUUUACCAACUCGUGCGUUUCUGAACGAGACUUAUUCAGUGUGUAUGGAUUGGCUCGAGGAGUUUUGGCAAUGUAACCUUCCUGGAGCUGAGAUGGAUUCCCUGGACAAUACUCAAAAUGCGAUCGAUUGGGAACAUUACCCACCCGAUAGGCUUAUAGAAGACCUCGAUUCUCCCCUCCAGGCCCGGAUGGUAGAGCAUUCUUUUGGUGCUUAUGCGUCUAGUCUUGCCAAAAGCGGCUGCAUAGAGCCAAAGAAACUGCAUAGCCUGAAGAAGUCGCUCCGAAUUUUUAAGCACAAGAACAGGAUAUGCGAUGUGGCCUUGAAUGCGUUCUUUCGCGUUACGGGGUCUGACGACGGCGCUUUUCAGUGGGCGGAGCUUUGGUUAGCCGCCUUUCUGGCCGUCCGUGACGGUAAAGAUUCUGCGCUUUCGGAUGUGCUCUCUCCAAAAGUGGGCACGAUCCUCCCAACUGUCCUCGAGCUGUGUAAUCCAAAACUGCCUAUCAUGCCUCGCCAGGUCGACGGAAUCAAAGACUUCCUCACCAAGACCCACAGGUCGGACGCCAAAUAUCUCACCGUUACCGACAUAUAG